AUGGCGUCUUUCAAGAAACUAGUUCGAUAUAAGUAUAUUGUUGGUUUAUUAAUCGGUCUAAUUUGUAUCCAGUAUUCUUUGCGAUUUAUACAGGUACCAGAAAGUUCCAAAACUAAAAUACAUCGUGGACGAAGAUAUGUAAGGACUACAGACGAACUUUACGUUAUUUAUGACCAGCCUUCUAAAAUAGUAAAUAAAGAAUUGAAAAAGGUUCAAGGAAUGCACAAUGCUUUCUACAUACAUCAGGAUCGGUCUGUAGAGUCUAAGAUUAACAGUAUUUUAACAGCAAUAGAACAUGGCACAUCCUGGAUUUAUUACUCAUCAAUUACAGAAGAUAUUAACCCUAUAUUACAGAAAUUCAAUUUUCAACCAGAAUCUUCUGGUAUGAUUUAUACUGGACCCUCGAAAUCCACCGUCGACUUUCAUUUUAUACCCCGUGAUUUUAAUCCUAAAUCUGAUUAUAAAAGACAAUAUAUGUACAGUAAAUAUCCUACAUCAUUGAUACAAACUAUUUUUAAAGCUACUUCUGAUAAGGGUAAUAUAGAUUAUAAAGCACCUCACAUUACAGUUUCUACUAAAACAUUACCAUAUUUUAAUCAAGUUAAUACAUUAUAUUCUUAUUCUACAUUCUGGGCUUUGAUUCCUCUUGAUAUUCAUCCUUAUAUUUUGUCAAUAUGGACUGGUAAAUUAUUAGAAUUACUUGAUAAUUAUAUUACUUAUUAUUCACCAUUAUCAUCAACUUCAUUAUCAUACCUACAUUAUCCUUUAAAUUCUGAUAUUUAUACACAAUUAUCUUUACUUCAAUCUUGGCAAUGUGAUGAUAAAUUAACAUUUUUUACUUGUUUAAUUGAUUGGAGUGAAUAUUUAAAAGAAAGGGAUAUUUUAAGUGCAAAACAAGUUGAGUUUAUUUAUAAAUGGAUGGCUCAAUUAGCGAUUAGUGGCUACACAGAACCUAGUAGAAAUUAUAAUAAACACAAAACUGAACAUAUGCAUGAAAUGGUGUUCUGGCCAUCAAAAGGAAACACACAAAAACCGAAAUCUGAAAAACAGAUUCUGACCGGACAGUGUUCUCAAAUGAAAAAGUGCAAUGAGAAGAUAAAGAAAUCAACUAAAGAUUUUGAUAUUUUAUUAAUGGUUAUUUUUAAUAGACAUGGUUUCUUUAAUCAAAUUGAUCAUUUAGAAACUAUCUAUAGACCACAUUUCUCACAAAUACUUUACUGUUCUUCAAAUAUGACUGACUUUAGAGCAAGUUUUAAAUCGUUACAACACAAGGAAAUCUCAUUUGUAGAUGCCAAGAUACAUCUUGGUCAUAUUGGACAGUUUUGUAUCAGGAUAGCUAUGGCAUUGGGAUACAAUGUCAAAGGUUAUUUACAUUUAGGCGAUGAUGUUGUAUUGAAUAUGUGGAAUUUGGAAUCCCUGCCAUUAGAUAAAUUCUGGUAUCAGGAAGACAUGAAAGUGGCUAAUAUUAAUCAGGAUCAAGUUCCAAGUGUCUGGAAGGGUGAUUGGAUUCCUUGGAAUAAUUAUUACAGCAGACCUUAUGUUAGAAAAUUGUUUCCAAGACUAUAUAAUAUGGCCAAAACUAAUCAAAGAGUUAAUAAAUUUAUGCAACAAUUGAUGAAAAAUACUGGCGGUAAAAAUCGUCUUGUGUACCAGGCGUCAGAUAUUGCAUAUAUACCCGCCAAAUAUGUUAAUAGCAAUAUAUACUUCACAGAUUUAUUGGGCAUGUGUUAUAAUGAAAUUGCCACACCUACGAUCAUGAAUGGAUUAGUUGAUAAAAAGGAGAUCGUAAGACUACCUGGAAAAUAUGUCUGGCAUGAAGAAAGAAAAUUCAAAAAUUAUAACAAAUUCUUUCAAAGAAAUCAUAUCUAUAUUCACCCUUUGAAAUAUAAAUCUUGUACCCCAGAAAAAGAGCCAUUGUGUGUGGAAUUUUAUUGUAAUCGUUAUAUUUCAUGUUGGUUUAAUUAUUAA